CACAUGUUAAUACACAUUCCCAAUUUUUUUUUAAAUUUUUUCAUAACCAUUUAAGUGACAUACAAAGAACGAGGGGAUAUCCCCUCGAGAGAUUAAAACAGUUUCCCUAGCAAGAAGCCAAGAACACAAUCCUCCUGAGUUGAGAGACCACUGCGAGUAGCAUGGCGCUGUGGGGCGGGCUGGGGCAAGCGGCAACGGUGGCGCAGCUGGUCGGGGCGGACAUCGGCGGCCUCAUCACCAUGAUCAUGCAGGCAGCGAUGACGGCUCAGCAGAACAAGAAGGAGUGCGAGCAGCUCGCCCGCCGCGUCUUCACCGGGCUCGACGACACGCUCCGGGAGGCGCACGAGCUUGUGAUGGCAUGCCAGGACAAUAGCGCCAUGUACAGGUUGGUGAUGGCCGGGAGGCAGGCUGAAAAGUUCAGGGAUGUUCAGAGCAGGAUCGACUCCUACCUCCUCCUCUUCCCCGUUAUCAGCCACAUGGACAUCACUCGUCGUCCAGCCUAUUAAGAGAAUAUUUUCUAUUCCGGGCCGCCCCAUCCACCCUACCCUUUAACCAAACAUAAAAAACUCGGGCGGCCAUCUCCCAUCCAGACUCAUUCACCCAACAAAACACACCCUUAUAAGAUUAGCUCAAUCCCAAUCAACUGCCCAUCUGCGCCUCGCUGGCCCUGCCUGCAUCACUGGAAGAGCU